AUGGAAGAAGCUCGUCCAGGGAAGAAAAUGCAACCUGGUCAUGAUGAAGAAGCCGUUGUGGAUAUGGGUAAAAUCAGCUCUACUAUCAACACAAACUUUGAGAAAGAAGAACUAGAGAGCCACAGAGCUGUGUAUAUUGGAGUUCACGUCCCGUUUGGAAAGCAAGGCCGUCGACGGCACAGACAUCGUGGGCACAGGCAUCACAGAAGAAAAAAAGAAAAAGAAACUGACAGAGAGGAUGGCCGAGAAUCUCCAUCAUAUGACACGCCAUCCCAACGAGUGCAAUUUAUCUUGGGUACUGAAGAUGAUGAUGAACAUAUUCCCCAUGACCUCUUCACUGAAAUGGAUGAACUUUGCUUCAGGGACGGAGAAGAAUAUGAAUGGAAAGAAACGGCUAGGUGGCUAAAAUUUGAAGAGGAUGUUGAAGAUGGUGGUGAUCGAUGGAGCAAGCCUUAUGUAGCAACUCUGUCUCUGCACAGUCUCUUUGAACUACGAAGCUGUAUUCUUAAUGGGACGGUCAUGUUGGACAUGAGAGCAAACACACUAGAUGAGAUAGCAGAUAUGGUUUUGGACAACAUGAUUGCCUCUGGCCAGCUGGAUGAAUCCAUAAGAGAGAAUGUGAGAGAGGCUCUUCUAAAAAGGCACCAUCAUCAGAAUGAGAAAAAAUUCAGCAAUCGGAUUCCCCUGGUUCGGUCUUUUGCAGAUAUAGGCAAGAAACAUUCUGACCCUCACUUGCUUGAACGAAAUGGGGAAGGCCUUUCAGCCUCCCGUCACUCUUUGCGAACAGGUCUCUCUGCCUCAAAUAUUUCCCUGAGAGGAGAAAACCGUUUGUCAGUUCUUCUCAAUUACCUUCUUCCUUCUUCAAGAGCUGGAACCCCGGCAACCUCAAGGUGUACAACCCCCGUAACUACCCCUCAAAACACACCACCUUCCAGUCCUACCUGCAGCCACCCGCCAACCACAAGUGCCCAGCCAAGUCUACUUCAGGGCAAGGAAUUGCUGGUGUCAUCUGCCAGUGAUGAUAUUCCUUCAGUAAUAAUCCACCCACCUGAGGAGGACUUAGAAGUGCAGGAAAGCCAUGAAAAGAAGACAGAGGAAAAUAUUGACAAAACACCAGGGCUCUUAGCAUCUCCACAGUCAGCACCUGGAAAUUUAGACACUGGGAAAAGUGGAGACGUUAAAGGUACUGGGACAGGAGGGAGCAGAGAAAACAGCACGGUUGAUUUUAGUAAGGUUGAUAUGAACUUCAUGAGGAAAAUUCCUUCAGGAGCAGAAGCAUCAAAUGUGUUAGUGGGAGAAGUAGAUUUUUUAGAAAGACCUAUUAUUGCUUUUGUGAGGCUCUCCCCUGCUGUGCUUCUCUCAGGUCUCACAGAGGUUCCAGUUCCUACACGGUUUUUGUUUUUGUUGCUGGGACCAGCAGGAAAAGCUCCACAGUACCAUGAAAUUGGAAGAUCAAUAGCAACGCUUAUGACAGAUGAUGUUUUCCAUGAUGUUGCCUACAAAGCAAAAGACCGAAAUGAUUUGUUGUCAGGAAUUGAUGAAUUUUUAGACCAAGUGACAGUCUUGCCCCCAGGAGAAUGGGAUCCAUCUAUACGAAUUGAGCCACCAAAAAGUGUUCCUUCCCAGGAGAAAAGGAAGGUACCUAAAUUUCCAAAUGGAUCUACUCCUAUAGGAGAGACUCUCAAAGAAGAAGGCCAUCAUGCUGGACCUGAACUUGAGAGAACUGGAAGGUGUGUUCACUUCCCUAAAUACUAGCUACCAUAAAGAAAGAAAAGUGAUAAGUCUUCACAUUUUUUAAUGAUGACAUUUGAACAUUAAAAAAAAUCAUGGUAUAAAGUGUCAGAGCGCAUCCUUUUUCCUGUUCAAAUGUUGGAUUCUUGCCUAUAAACGCCAGUCUGCUUAAAGCAUUUUCAAGCCUGUGGCAAUGUUUCUCAACACAUUUGUGAAGGAUUUUAUAUAAGAUGCUGCCUAAUUUAACUAACUGACUUGUAAGAGUUGGGUUUUAAUUUUUAAUUGUCAAGAGCAUGCAAUUAUCAUAAUUAUAGCAGGAAUAUACAAUUUUCAGUAUUGGGCUAGGUACUAAAAAUUUCCGUAAGUGCAAACCUGUUUUAUCAAACACAUAUGAAACGGAGCAACA